AUGUCGCAUGGCGACAAUGAGGCGCCCUGCAAGCCUGCAGAGUACGUAGAGGGCGCCGGCGGCCCCAACAGCUACAGCAGGAAUGCGUCUUCGACGCACAGCCUUCCGCACUCGCUUGUGCCGUCAGAGGUGUAUAUUCCAAACCGACUUGGGAGCACGACGAUGCACCUGGACGGUGAGCUGCGGCGCGACCGUGCGGCGGUGGAGAAGAUUGUGUUGUACAAGGAAGUGAAAUAUAAUAGGAUUAACGCACUCAAUCGUUUUGUUAUUUUUCUUCUUUGCUUACUUGUUCCUUGCGUGUUUUGCAUGGCCAUUGGGGUGGGAUCGACGGAGUGGCUUGUGGUGGCUAAAGACCACAACUACAGGUCCAUAGGGCUCUUCUUCGCCUGCCUUGACGGCGUGGCGGGGUUGUGCCUGCGACGCGGGAGCUCGUGGUAUCCGCGUGUGCUGCGGGACCGGGUUACGGGAAAGACCAUUUGCGAGGCGUCCCACGCGUUUGUGCGGGCGUAUAUCACUUCCAUGUGGAUGCUCGGCCUGGUGCAAUUUAUAUGUAUUAUGCUGGGGUUGAUUGUGGCGCUGCGGAUAGCGAACCGCCCCACCCGCUCGCACAGUUCCUUUGUGGUGAUGUGUUUGCUACUGCUGGCGCUGCUGUGCGGCGUGGUGGUCUGCGUGCUGUUUCACUUCUACACACGCUGCGAGCGACAGUUGUGCAAGUCGUUGCGCGAUCCCUCGUUGGGGUGCCACGUGGAGUACGACUGGGGCUUUGAGGUCUACAUCGCGUCCAUCUGCUUCAACUUCUGCGCCUGCAUCACCUCCUUAUGCCUGUGGUCCUACCCCCACUCUCUCCGCGCCCGCACGGACCAGAAGUACGAGCAGCGGCGCGAGCAGGAGCGCCGGCGCAGGGAGCGCGCAUCGACGGGGGCCGCCGAGAAGGGCAACCCCGUGAAUCGCCUGUUGCGGCCAAUACUUGGGGAGCCGGAGGGUCCGGUGUACCUCACCGCCGAGGAGUUCAACAUCACCAUCGAAGGCGCCGACGACUGGGUCUACGACGACAGGAGCGACCUCUUCUACAGCUUUGAGCUGGACAUGUUCUGGGACCCGCUGACGCGGGACUACUACAGCCGCGAACUGCGCUCGUGGCAAGUCACCCCGCAGGGCAUGAUGGGGCUGCGCAGCGCCGGGAAGAGCAGGGCCGACGGCUAA